AGUCCGCCGGGUUUCGUUCAACAUGGCGGUUCCUGCUGGGAGGUCUGUGGUCUUCGUGACUGGAAACGCGAAAAAACUGGAAGAGGUCAUUCAGAUCCUGGGAGACAGGUUUCCAUACAAACUAGUGUCAAAAAAGAUUGACUUGCCUGAAUACCAAGGAGAGCCAGAUGAGAUUUCCAUACAGAAGUGUAAGGAGGCUGCACAGCAAGUCGACGGGCCAGUCAUAGUGGAGGACACCUGUCUGUGUUUCAAGGCUCUGGGAGGCCUUCCUGGUCCUUACAUAAAAUGGUUCCUGGAUAAACUCAAGCCAGAAGGCUUGUACAAACUCCUGGCUGGGUUUGAAGAUAAAUCAGCGUGGGCUCUCUGCACUUUUGCAUUCUCUCCUGGGAAAGAUGAACCAGUACAGCUGUUCAGAGGGAAAACAGAGGGACACAUUGUGGAACCCAGGGGACCUCGAGACUUUGGAUGGGAUCCCUGUUUCCAGCCGGACGGAUAUGACAAAACCUACGCUGAACUGCCCAAAGAAGUGAAGAACACCAUCUCUCACCGCUACCGGGCGCUUGCUGCCAUGUCUGAGCACUUCUCUCAAACUAACAAUACCUCCCCUCAGGGCAAGAAGAAUAAGUUGGAGGACUGAAGAGUCAUUUUAGGUUAUUAAUGUAGAAAUGUGAAAAUGUAUCAAAUGUUAAAAUUUGACAAUGCAGAGGAUACACCUCAUUAUGAGAACAUGUUUUAUGGUUGGGUCAGAAAUGUGCAGCAGAUGACAGAUUUGUGAUCACAAUCACUACUUCUUUAAUCUGCAGUGGAAAAAAUACUGCAUAACUUUUUUCUUUUAUUUUUAAUAAACUUAUGUUCA